AUGGGUGCUCCUGAAGCCGCAGCGCAACCCGGCGCCGGCUGGGACGAAGCGCAAUGCACAGCAGCACUCGCACAGCUGGAGCAGCUUCAGGCGCAGAUCAACGACAUGCGCUUAGCUAUCCCACGCAUCAUCGAGCCUUUCCACCGCCCUCCAAGUUCCACGACUUUUAAACUAUAUGUCGAGGGUGUGAAGGGUUCUCAGAACAACCUAGAUGGGCUUACAAAGCAAUGGAAGGACUCCGAAAUGCAGAGCACGUUGGAACACGUCAAGGAAAGCUUCGGCGCAAAUGCGGAUUUGUCGGAGAGCGUCUCAAUACCGUCUCAUGGAUGGGUAGAAAGAGCGCGGAAAGCGAAGGAGUCGUCAGAGAGCAAAGGUGGUGAGAGUUCAGAGGCUGUCGGUGCCACCCUCACCGAUGAGGAUAUAUCUCGAAUCGUGGUAGAGUUUUGCAAGGCGCACCCAAAUCUAAAAGUGGAGGCACACGAUGAUAAUCGGAGCAUAUCUACGCGGUUCGUAUCCGGUUCUCUCAUGCUGAAAUUCCGCAUUGGCAUCGAGCGCGAAGCAAACGGACAGCACAAACUCAACGUCGAGUGCUUGGGGACAACGGAGCCCUUUCUGGCCAUUACAAGAUGUAUGGCAUCACGGCCAAAUGCUGAUGAUUUGAGGUAUCUGUUGGAUAUGAUUGCUGCGUACAGGACUGUGAAAGGAACAUCGUGUGCCAGAUGCGGAAAACUCCUCGAUAACUCGGCACUGACGCCUGCUGCAAGACGAAGUAAACAGGUCGUUGAUACGACUGAAUCUUUUCAAACUAUAUGGGAAGCGUUCCACGAAGGCUGCAUGUGA